AUGGCUGUAUCUCAGAAUGCGGAGAUAAGCACCCGCGUUGAGUCGAGCGGUUCGGAGACGUUCCCUACGCCGGUCAGAGUCUCAAAGCGCUUGCCUAAGUCCAGGAAGAGGGCCACAAGCUCCCCCAGCCUGGAACAGAAGCACCCUCUCGAGAGCCGACUCGAAAAGCGCCGAGACACGAAGCGGCACAUCCGCCACGUUUCGGUCUCUCAGGUCUCCACUGACAGCGGGUACUCCACUGUAGAGGGCGAAGACGACGUGCUGGUGACAUUCCCAUCCUUCGAGCAUGCAAAUAUCAGCUUCGACGAGAUGCUGCAGCGCGAGGCCCGACUCGCCCAGUACAACGAUGCCAAGGAAGACGACCUCGGAGACUGGGACUUUGGUGGUGCCGACAUCGACGAGGCGUUCCGCUACUGGGACAGGCACCAAAGCGUUGUCGACUACGACACUUACGCCGAUCGCCAGGAAAUCCAGGCGAUCUAUCGUGACCUGUACCCGACAGAGUAGGAUCGCUUCAGGGUCGCCACGAAGUCCGCUUGUGAUUUGCGCUUUAGCAACUACAGGACUGGCAGGUACGUUACGGUUCUUGUGGAGAGGGACAACCUCAAUUGCAGGAAACCAAAGGAAUGGAUAUUUUCUGCGUUGGGCAAAGCCAUGACUUGGAUAUUCUCCUUGAGAGGUCGAUGCUAGGUUUGCCUUUGGAAGAAGGAAACCCGACUUUGAGCGCGGCGUCACUGAUUCGGAAAGGUGGAGCAUGUUGUGGUAAGAACCACGUUUGGUGAUAUCGAUAUG